UGCAAGCCCGCUUGUUAAGUUUGCUGUGCAUUUCUGAAACUCUUUAUUACUUCAUGUGAAUGACUAGCGUACAGACGAACAUAAAUAUGGCUGGCGGCUUUCACUUUGAAGCCAAGUACUUCUCGGUGACUUCGCUUUUCAUUGUUUUUCUAGAUGGCGUCUGCUCCAGUGACAGCGAGAGAAAAUUCGACUACAAGUUUUGUGUCGACCGUGACCAGUCUGGUGAUUGUCAUGGAGCCGAUCGUGGGACAGCAAGGAGGUCUACUGAUUCAGCAGCCAUCCAUUAAGGCGGUGGACCAGAAUGGUGCCUGUGUGUCUGUCGGAGUGACGUCCUUUGUCCUGACAGCAACUUUGAAAGACCUAAGUGGCCAGUACAUUACUGGUCUUGAAGGGAACACCACAAUCCCGUUUUCUGAUUGCUGGGCAAAUUACACGGACCUUUACCUCACAGUCAAAGGCAGGUGUCUCUUGUAAUACCACAGCCACUAC